AUGGUAAUCUGGGAUGAAGCACUGAUGAUUCACAGACAUGCUUUUGAAGCUCAAGAACGAACGGUGAAAGAUCUCAUGAAUGAGAGCAAGGACAAGACAAAGGAAAAAGUGUUUGGCGGAAAAACUCUUCUGUUUGGAGGAGACUUUAGACAGAUAUUACCGGUAAUUCGUGGUGGAAGCCGAGAAAAUAUUGUCGAUGCUUCUAUUAGUAGGUCAAGGUUAUGGAAACAUUUCCAUGUAUUUGAGUUGUCUGAGAACAUGCGGUUGUUGAAUGGAAAUUGUAAUUCUGCUGAAAAACAAUCAAUAUCCGAAUUCAGCAAGUGGAUUUUGGAUCUUGGGGAUGGAAAACUACCAUCAAAAGAAAUAGAGGGUGAAGACGAUGAGCCAACUUGGAUUAAGAUACCCGAUGACCUGUUGAUUGAGAGUGGUGAAAAUCCCAUCGAAACUAUAGUUCAGGCCAUUUAUCCUGGACUGCUUGAUAAAAUUGAGAAUCAAGAUUAUCUAAGGAAGAGGUGCAUCUUAACCCCGAAGAAUGACACUGUUGACCAAAUAAAUGACUACGUGGUUUCCAUGUUUCCAGGUAAAGAGCACGUCUUUCUAAGUUCUGAUUCAAUUUGUCCACAGUCGUACGAUUUUGAAAAUGCAGAGUUGUUAUACAACCAGGAAUAUCUGAAUAGUCAGAAACUAUCAGUAGUACCUAAUCAUGUGCUUCGAUUGAAGCUUAAUGUACCAGUAAUGCUUACAAGAAAUAUAAAUCCAAGUGCGGGGCUUUGA